CAAAAUGGCGGCCAUAACGCCGUAAGCGUCGUUUUCCUACUAUGACGAUGAACAUGAAUAGGACUCUUGCAGCAGUCGCCAUUGCGUUCGUGAUGACCGUUAAUUCUGUUCAAGGUGGAUUUUCAACACGCACUGGCUGCUUGUCACCCGGCAUCACAGGUCAGAGGUCAUACUUACGGUGUAACAUAAGUGGACUGGGAGAUGAAGAAAUAUUUUGGUAUCGGCCUGAUGGCAGAGUAAUGGCGACUUGCUCUCGGCAUACAUGUAGAACCAAUGAAAACUAUACUGGCCAAUACCACGCCACGAUGGCUUCACCUAUGGAAGAAAGUGCCUUCUUAAUAAAGUCGUUCCGUCCAACCAUUGACGUGGGUACAUGGACUUGCAGGGGCAAAACUGGUAACUACACUUCGUGUGAAAAGAGAGGUGGAUUUUCAACACGCACUGGCUGCUUGUCACCCGGCAUCACAGGUCAGAGGUCAUACUUACGGUGUAACAUAAGUGGACUGGGAGAUGAAGAAAUAUUUUGGUAUCGGCCUGAUGGCAGAGUAAUGGCGACUUGCUCUCGGCAUACAUGUAGAACCAAUGAAAACUAUACUGGCCAAUACCACGCCAUGAUGGCUUCACCUAUGGAAGAAAGUGCCUUCUUAAUAAAUUCGUUCCGUCCAACCAUCGACGUGGGUACAUGGACUUGCAGGGGCAAAACUGGUAACUACACUUCGUGUGAAAAGAGAGGUGGAUUUUCAACACGCACUGGCUGCUUGUCACCCGGCAUCACAGGUCAGAGGUCAUACUUACGGUGUAACAUAAGUGGACUGGGAGAUGAAGAAAUAUUUUGGUAUCGGCCUGAUGGCAGAGUAAUGGCGACAUGCUCUCGGCAUACAUGUAGAACCAAUAAAAACUAUACUGGCCAAUACCACGCCAUGAUGGCUUCACCUAUGGAAGAAAGUGACUUCUUAAUAAAGUCGUUCCGUCCAACCAUCGACGUGGGUACAUGGACUUGCAGGGGCAAAACUGGUAACUACACUUCGUGUGAAAAGAGAGGUGGAUUUUCAACACGCACUGGCUGCUUGUCACCCGGCAUCACAGGUCAGAGGUCAUACUUACGGUGUAACAUAAGUGGACUGGGAGAUGAAGAAAUAUUUUGGUAUCGGCCUGAUGGCAGAGUAAUGGCGACUUGCUCUCGGCAUACAUGUAGAACCAGUGAAAACUAUACUGGCCAAUACCACGCCAUGAUGGCUUCACCUAUGGAAGAAAGUGCCUUCUUAAUAAAUUCGUUCCGUCCAACCAUCGACGUGGGUACAUGGACUUGCAGGGGCAAAACUGGUAACUACACUUCGUGUGAAAAGAGAGGUGGACUUUCAACACGCACUAGCUGCUUGUCACCCGGCAUCACAGGUCAGAGGUCAUACUUACGGUGUAACAUAAGUGGACUGGGAGAUGAAGAAAUAUUUUGGUAUCGGCCUGAUGGCAGAGUAAUGGCGACUUGCUCUCGGCAUACAUGUAGAACCAAUACAAACUAUACUGGCCAAUACCACGCAAUUAUGGCUUCACCUAUGGAAGAAAGUGCCUUCUUAAUAAAGUCGUUCCGUCCAAUCAUUGACCUGGGUACAUGGACUUGCAGGGGCAAAACUGGUAACUACAUUUCGUGUGAAAAGAGAGUUUUUACAGAGAGACCUCGAAGAGUAACAGCGGGUGCCUGUGUUCCUGUAGCGUCAACCACAGCCUUCCGGACCAUUGCCAUAUUAGCCGCGAUCCAGCACAUUACUCGUGCCAUGUUCAGCUAACCCGGCUCUGAAGGCAGUGUUCACUGACCCUAUAAAACAUGGCCAAGGCGAGAGAGAGAGAGAGAGAGAGAGGAGAGAGAGAGAGAGAGAGAGAGAGAGAGAGAGAGAGAGAGGAGAGAAGAGAG